AUGGCCUCGUCAUCUCAGCCGCCAAAGCCUCAGCAGCCCAAAGCCUUGUCCCCUAGUUCAGGACCAAACGACAAGUAUCCCACUGAUGCAUCUCAUGAUGUGAUUAUGGAUAUUGCGGCCAAAUCAAUACAGACGGGAGCAGCGUUGGGUGCUGUUGGCAUGAUGUUCGGAGCUGGUGCCGGUAUUGUUCGAUCAGCUCCGCCGGUACUAUUUGCAUUCGCUGCUGGCCUCCAAUGGUUUGGUCUUGGAUCUAGUUACAUGGCAUCAAGGAGCGUUCUUUUGCACUCGUGGGGUGGUGAAAAAAACGCCACCUCAUCAGAUCGAGUUAAAGCGAGCGGAGUAGCCGGCGGCGUGGCUGGAAUGGUCGGCGGUAUGAUCCGAGGGCCUAGGAAUAUCAUACCGGGGAUUCUAGUCUUUAGCACCCUUGGCGGUGCUGGUGAAUAUUUAUCGCAACGCUUCAAGAAUCGUUCCAAGGACAAUGAAUCCAAGCCUAAAUCGAGCUGGAUUGAUUCGAAAUGGAGCCCCGUGAAGCGAUUGACUGAUGAGGAGUACGAGAAAAUGCUUGAAGAGAAGAUUCUCCGGAUUAAUGCGGAAAUCUCCAUUAUUGAUGAUAACAUUGCUUCUCUUCGGGGAUCCAGGAGCCUACCAGUCGAGCCAAACGAGGGAAAACGAGAUGGAUGA